GAUGAGAAAUGUGCUUGCGAAAGAGUUUCCCGCCAUUUAUAAUGAUUAAAUAUUACAAUAAAUAAUAUGAUUUUGUUCAUUAUAUAUUAAAUGGCACUAUUUAAAAGGUAUGUGUUGAGUAAUUACGGAAAUAUACGUUUGAAUAUAUGAAACAGCAAUGUGGUUGGCUGAUAUAUUAAUUUUGAAGAUCGUUAUAGCUACGUAACUAUGUACAAAUUUAUUGUUUAGAACAUUUGAAAUUCUAUUCAUCAAACAUCAAAGCCAGAAUGGCUGCAAGAUCCGACAAAAUUUUCCGUGAGAUUCUAUUCAAACAUUACCGAUACAAUUCAAAAAUAGUAUCACCCAUUUUCUCCAAUGUAACUAGAACAUUUACACAAAAUGUAAUUAAGAAAAAAGUAACUUUAUUGAAAUUAACUAAAAAUCUGUUAGAAAAAGACUUUGUCAACAGUAAUUUGCAGCCUGCGCUGUUGCCGGCGUUCUCUACAUAUCAAAAGAUAAUCGAAAUUAAAAAACCGUCAUUUCAACAAACUAAUACCAACGAUGUAUUUCCAAGAAAAAAGUUGUCAGAUUACCUCUUCAGCAAUUUAGUUCAAACUGACGGGCUAACGGCACAAGCUCGACAUUUCUCCACGUUGCAGUCUUCCACUAGACAUUAUUCCAAUAAAAAAUGGGGAAAUCAGAUGGAUGCAGAAAAUUGUCCUCCUCCCAAAAAAAGUUGCAAAGCUUGUCCCAAAUGGCAACUACAUAAUUGUCCCCCUCAGGCUGAUAAUUUGGAUUGUGCAAAACCGUAUACUGAUCCAUGUUGUAAAAAGAAGUUGGCGCCGUAUCCAAGUUACAGCGAAUUAUGCGCAGAGAGGUUAGAGGACGAUCCAUCGGAAUGUAUGCAAUGUCCUUGGAGCAAGUGCGGUGGAGUCGACAAUUUGAAAUAUCCCAAGAGAAGAUACCACACCGGUACCCGCGCAGCUUUCUAUCGUUUCCCAACCACCGUCGACGUACCUUUAUUGAAUAUCACACAGAAUUUGGUACCUAUUAAUUGUGACGCCAAAAAGCCACCUUGUAAACGUCCUCCGGGUAAAUGUGACAGAAUCCAAAAGACGGAACCGUGCCCGGAACCGCAAAAAGGACCGUGUCCACCUCCGUUUGAAAGGAAAAAGUGCGACAAAGAAAAAAAGGCGAAAGAUCGAUGGGUGGACGUUUACCGCAUGUGGGCCGACAAGAACAACGUCGUACCCGAAGAUUGGAGCGUAAUUAUCCCAGUGGAAGAGCAAACUCCCGCCGCAGCAAUCCAGGCGAAGAAAGAAGACAUUUGCAAUGAAGACAGGAUAACGCCAGAUAACAGCUGCUGUCUCAAGAACAGAAUGGAAUUAGCUAAAGAACACGACAAAGGCCAUCCACCUCCGUGUCCUAAUUGGAGAAAACCUAGCAAACAAUGUCCCAAACCUGAAAAAUGUAAAAGGCCCUACAGACAAGAACACGAUUUACACGAACCCUUUUACAGAAGACAGAAAAAACCUUGGCCAGAAAUUGAUACAGGACACGGGGAAAGAAAACCAGAUUUAUACUCGUAAUUUAAUGCCUCUUAUAUUACUUUCACAAAUUAAACGAAAAUAUUUAAUGUAAUCAUAUUAAGAAAUUUGGUUUUCCCUGUAUACAAAAAUAAAUGAAAAUAGUUCGGUUCAAUUUUCAAACGAAUACAUUGUAACUAUGUGAUUACCUCUGUAUCAUAUGAAUAUGAUUUUCAAAAAUAAAACUAUCAAAAAAA